CUGACAGUUCCGGCAGCAUUGGUCGGUGCUGGAUUUUGCCAGAGCCCGCUGGCGGAGGGCAGGGAUGGGGCGGUGCAGAGCCCGCACAGGUCCCGCGCAGCCCCGGCCGUGUCCCGUCCCGGCCUGGUGCUGGCGGCAGCAGCUGCUCGUCCUGACAAAAGCAUCCUCUAGAGGGAACUGCGAGCCCAGAAAUGGCUCCAGCGCCACCAGGAAAGCAGCAUCACCCCACGAGGGCGUGAGCGGGACCAGCAGUGGGGACACGGCGUGGUCAGGGUGGCCACCUCCCUUCCCAGUGACCGUCCCACCUGCCAGCUCACCUGGGGACGGCGGUGGUCUCCGUCAUGGGGCUUUGGGGACAGCAGAAAUCUCUGUGCCACGGUCCUGGCAGCCCUGGCGGGUGCAGUCCCUCCCCGCCGUGGGGACAGCACAUGCUGGAGAGCUGUACCCCCGCUCCCGGGUGUCCUGUGCCCUGCAGGGGACAGUCGGGACCCCCGGCCUCCCAGAGGUGUGUCUGCAGAGCCCCUGCUCCCUCUGCUCUCCAGGACAAGCGUCCAUCAAGGUGAUCGGGGUUGUUUUGGGCAUCGGGCUGGCCCUGCUGAUCCUGGCGAGUUUUGGCUACACCUUCAUCCGGUGGUACCGGCGGGGCCGCGGCCAGCGCCGGCCUGACUUUGUCUUCAGCCUCUACCACUCACGCGGGUUGGGGUCGGUGGCACUGGAGCUGGUGCCACCGUUCAGCAUCAGUGGCUCGCUGGGCACCUCGGGCAGUGGCUACGAGCCCUUCCACAACCAGGGGCUGUGAGGCUUUGGUUUGUGUUUCCUUCCCCGCUGUCCCUGGGAUGGGAUGUGUGGCCAGGGACAGAGGGACGGGGCUGGAGCUCUUGCAGAGCUUCCUCUCGCUGCUUCUUAGUCACGGCCCGGCACCAACAGAAAAAGCAACCAAAACCACUCAGGGGGAAUCCCUCCGUUUUCACUUCUGUAAGAAACAGCCCCUGAAUUUGCUGGAUUUCGACCGAAAUGGCAGCGGUGCAGUUUCUGUUGCUAAAAAAGCUUCCCAGAAUCACAGAAUCUUGGGGCUGGAAGCGACCUCUGGAGUCCAACCUCCCCCUGCCCAAGGUCACCUGGAGCAGGUGACACAGGAACGCACCCAGGUGGGUUUGGAAUGUCUCCAGAGAGGGAAACUCCACCAAUUCCCUGGGCACCUCCUCCACCUGCCAUUCUCUCACCGGCCCUGCACAGCCACAGGUGCACAGGAGGUGCCUGGGCCAGCACUGCUGCAGCUUCCCCUUGUUUGGGAUGGAGGAAGAGGAUGCAGCCUCAUCCAGGAUUCCUCAACACUGAUCCUGGAGAAAGCAGCCACGUUUCCCACAGCUCAGAGACCUCCCAGCCUCCUGCACACCCGGACACCUGGCACCAGGCUGCCCCUUAGGGGACCAGCUGAGGAGGAGCCCCAGAACGGGGUGACUGGAUUUGUGCAACUGCGGAAAACACCGCGAGGAAAUGGGAAAUCUCUCUCUCCUCCUCCUCCUCUUCCUCCAUCCAAUACCUGCACCACCAUGGAAGUUGGUUCUCCACACUCCCAGUGCAAGGAAGCGCCUCAGCCCCUGUGGAAAUUCCUCCUGGACUUUUUGUGCCUGUUGUCUCUGGUCUCAGCAGAACAAGUGGCCGUGGGAGUGCCUGGAGCACAGGAACGGCCGUGGGGAGAUUCUGUGCCCACACAGAGGGGCCCUGCUUGGCCAGUGGGGGCUGGUGAGGCACGGGGGGCCUUGGGACAAUUUCUUUGCAAGUUUCUCUUAGAAGAAAAACAAAGAAAAACUCGUGAGAGCCACGUGUGUAGAGAAACCAGUGAGGACAGAGUGGGAUUUCCAGACCAGCUGUACUCUCGGCUAUCAAAACUAAACCCUGUGGUCUGUGGCUUUCUCCUGGCUGAAAGGAGACCUCUGACUGCUCAUGGAGAGGGGGAAAUGCCACCUCCUGGGGGCUGGGAGCCCUCCGUGGUGAGCAGGAUCACGCAGAGCCCUGAGUGAUGCAGGAUCCGGCCAUGGGACCUGACGUCAGCGGCGUUUAAAAGAAAAACAACGAAAAAAGCCAUGCUUUUGAUGACUCCGUUUUCCAGAGGAAGUUGAAAAAAAAAUAAAAAUCUAACCUCCAAAAUACACAGAGGCAGAAGAGAUGGGGCCAGUGGAGGGGCAGGAGGAGGCUCCCAGUGCCCUCCACAUCCCUGUGGGAUGCAGGGAUGGAUCUCACGUGUGAGCAGUGCCACGUGAGAUGUAAGAGAAGGAAACACAGCAAGGAUCAGCCCCCUCCUCCUGCCUGUGCUGGAAAAGCUGAAAAUAAAACAAAAAAACCCUUCACCUGAAAACCACGUUCCCCGAGGAGGGUUUCCACCAGCAGUUUUACUUCCCACCGUGGAGGUUCCUGGAAAUGGAGUGACGUUUGGAAAAACUUCCCUGCGACCUGGAGGGUGGCCCAGGGUGAGCUGCUGGCUCUCAUCCUGUUUCCAUUCUGGUGACAGCUGUUCACAGCAUCACAGAAUCAAUUCGUUUGGAAAAGACUUCUGAGAUCAUCGAGCCCAGCCUAUGGCUGAGCACCACGUUGCUGAGCAGAGCCCUGACUGCUGUCUUUCCUCCAGCCCUGGGUUUGAUUUGUCCUCCUGUCCUUCCCUGGUGUUGUCCCAUGGGAUGUGCAUCCCUGUGGGAUCACUGGGAGCAGCCCAGCUCCUUUUCCCUGCUGCUCCUCUGCUGCUUGCGCCCACAAAUUCCUCAGGGAGAGCCACCCAGAAACUCUGGUGUGUGAGGAUUUCCUGGAGAGUUGGAUUGGUUCUCCUUUUUCCCAGCUCUGAUGUGAAAAUGCUCUUCCCCACAUGAGGCAAAGGCACAUUGCCUCUUGCUGAUGGGGGAACGUCCAAAUCUGGAAACAGAAAGCUCAGCUUGGCCUUAGGAGAGGAUGAACAGACAAAUGGACCAAAUAAAUAACACCACAUCCGUUCUGUAUUUACAAAUGCAAUAAAUAAUGUCUGU